UGUAGUCAAACAUUAGCCUUGGAAUGUUUUGGUGCUAGCCAUCAAGCAGAGGAUAACGUAGGCUCACAGAUGCCAAAUGGACGUCGUCUUCAGAUGAAAUACUGUUUGCUUUUGAUGGAUUGACGUCCCGAUCCUCAUAACAGGAUUGUCAGCAUAUGUCACGAUGAGUUUUUUACGCAACCGCCUCGUCAUAUUGGGGCUGGUAUUAUUGGCUACUGUUCUGUUGUAUCUGCUUCUGCCGGCCAUACGCCAGGGAAGCAUGGAACCGUCUCUGGACGUCCAAAGGAUGGGGCUGUCAGUAGCCACUCCACCUCCGUCCUCGCCCAUCAAUAUUACUAUCCGGACUCGGCAGCUACCAGGGGACCCUCCGUUAUUUUUCAGAGAAGCUCUACCAGUCGAUGCAGCCGGAAGGCAAAUCUUACCCAAGCUUCAGAUUGUGUUGCUGCAUGGUCAGGCCUUCACCUCCAAAACCUGGGAGGAGUUGGGGACUCUGGGUCUCCUUGCUACUAAUGGAUACCAUGCCUUGGCUUUGGACCUGCCAGGAUUUGGAAAUUCUCCAGACUCAGAGACAGUGAAGACAGACCAAAGCCGCGUUGAGCUACUGCGAAUGUUCUUGGAGUCACUUGGGGUGCGCACUCCAGUUCUGAUCAGCCCCUCUAUGAGUGGGCACUAUUCAAUGCCCUUUCUCAUGAAGCACAGCACACAGUUGCAUGGGUUUGUGCCCAUCGCUCCAGUUGGCACUCGCAGCUACACCCCGCAACAGUAUCAAGCCAUCCAGACAUCAACACUGAUCGUCUUUGGGGAGCUGGACACUAACCUGGGGGCUCAGUCCCAUAAGAACCUGCUGCAGUUGCCCAACCACACCGUGGCCAAGCUGCAGGGGGCACGGCACGCCUGCUACAUGGACAAGCCCCACGAGUUCCACCUGGCCUUGCUUGAUUUCCUUAACAAACUAGACUGAGAUUGUGAUAGAGCCAUGUUUGAGUGAGGAGGAGUAACAGGUGGAGAGACUGAAGAAAAAACAAAUGGGUGGGGGUGAUCCGAUGGGCCUUGGAGGAUGAAGAAGGGUGGGAAUUUUCAUUUAGAUUUGACACCCUGAACACUUCUCUCGGUGUUGUGUGGGACAUAUUUAUGCUCUAAUGUUCCAUCGUUCUAGAAUCACUGUGUCCCAUUGAAGCAGCAGUCAUUAAUCAUGUUGUGUUACAUAGAUUAGUCCCAUGUUGCAAUAUUUUAUUCAUUUAUUGAACAGUUUAGUGUAAUUUCAGAAUGCUGGAAUGUGAAGUGAACUCUAAAACUAAAUAUCAUCCUCAUCGAUAUUAAGGGGUGUAUUAUUUAAGAAGAAUUGACCAUCAGAGGUUGUUCUGCUUUAUGCAGUGAUGCCUCUCACCAAACAGAGAAUGCAGAACCGUAAAGAAUGUUAGAGAAUGUGUCACAGCGAGAGCAUGUGACCAAGUUUUGCGUUUAAAGCACAAUAGUGUUUAAUAGUGUCCUCAAACAAGUUGUCUAGCAGUAUUGAUAGAGAUGGGAGGGUACCCCAUUCUUUUCUGCAAUAGAUUUUAACAGAAGACUGUUUUAACAGAAUAUUUAUUGAAACAAUGCAAGCUGCACUGAACUGUUGCUUAGAUCUGAAAUUGACCAUAUUAUUGCCUGGUUUAUUUAAAAGCUUUAUUUAUUAUCCACAACAUUUACCACAUUACAGGAGAAGUGUAAUCUUUGAGGGGGGCAGCUUUUUGUAAUUGCAAAUAUGACGUUCAAUGGUGGAAAAAACAAUGUUGAAAAAAUGUACAGAUGUACAAAUGUUAUUGUAAAAUGUGUUUUCAUUACCAUCGCUUGUCAUCAGAGUUUUGAAAGACUAAAGGUAAGGGAGUUGAUCAAAUAAAACCCUCCUAAUGUA